GUCCAAUGAUAAAUUAAGUUCUGGAGAAGAAAGUAGAAAGAGUGAUACGAAACUUUUGCAUCAAGCGAGGGAACCCCUCUGGAACCCAAGGCUAAACGUAAUGAGAGUUACUAGGAAAAGAGAUUAUCCUGAAGAAGGUGAAAACAGAGAAGAGGGCAAUGCUGAGAAUAGAAAUGCAGAAGUGUGUUUGGUGUUAGAAAAAACAGGUGUGUCGAUGCAAAACUCCAGUAACAUAGUGGAAGCUGCAUCCUUCUCAGAGGGUACAAGAAAACACAAUUUUACAGACUCUGUUGAAGAAACAUCUUGUAAAAGAAUCAGGCAGGAUACUAGACUCCAGUCUCCGGAGAUAUCGUCAGAGAGUGAGAGUCAAGUAGAACAAGAAGAUGAUUCUCAGCUUUCAACCUUUGAGGAAAAAAAUUCAGACAAUCUCUCAAGAAGGCAGUCCAGAAGGUCAUCAAAACGGAUAGCGCUGCCAAAACAUGUCUCAGAGCUAAGAACUGCUCCUUCGUCUGCCUCUGAAUGUGAGGCUGAUUGCAGUGAGAAGGGGAAUCAAAGGCAAGAAGUUAAACUGAGUGUUACCAGAGGCAAAAAUUUGAAAACCGCACAUAGAAAGAAAUCUGGGAAAGAGCACAGAAGUUCAAAGAUAACCUUGGUGACCCUCUGGGCUUCUCAAGAGGAGGAGGAGGAAGAGGAGGCAGAUGACUUUGAGCCUGAUGAUGAAGAUGAAUGCUUUGCACCAGAGGAAGUAAACAAAGCUCCAGUGUUUGUUCCUAUAGGUCUUCGAUCUCCAAAACCUAUUCCUGUUCAGAUAGAGGAAACCAUGGAAGAGCUGGAAAUAUCUGUGAAUAUACCAGAUGUGCAGGUGGCUACUGAUGUUGAAAGUCUCUCUCAUGCAUCUUUCCAGCCGGUGAUACAGAAGGAGGAAAAAGUAAGCACCUCAACAGCUGAAACAACCGUACAUGAAGAUCCAGAGGUGGACAAAGGAAUUAAUGAUGGAAGCACUGAAGCUGCCAUGACUUUACUUGCAAUGGGUGAUCCAAUGUUCCAGUUAAAAACAAGCACUGAAGAAUGGACACACAUGUUACCUGCUCAAGAUGAGUUGGACAUGGCCAAUAGCCUUGUAACCCAUGCCUACUCCAAACAAAAUAGAACUCCUAGUCAGUAUUUACUUUCUUCAGACGCUUCUACCAAGGAAUUGGUCCCUUCUGAUGAUGGAAGCAACAUUGGUGUAGAGGAUCAAAGCAUUGGCACAGGAAUAGGUGUUGAAGAAUAUUUUGAGAAAAAUGCUACAGAUACCAGUGAUAGCUCUUUGCCUACAGUGAAUAGUAUGAGACGGACAAGAGGCAAACUCCUGAAGCCUGAGCCAGACUUUGGAGUAUUGAGGUCCAGUGAAAACAUAAUUCAGAAGUCACUCAAUACAAAUGCACUUGUGGAACAACUAAAGCAAGUUCAAAGUGAGUCUACAACCCUGAGAGGUACUGCAGAAAUGCAGAAGGUGGAACUAGAACAAGUCAGACCAGCUGCAGGUGAUUCUUCAGUUCUUCAUGAUUUUGCAACUACAAGUGUGGAACUUAUCAAGCAAGUAGACAAAACUGAGAGGUAGGAAGAAGAGAUGAGAGAUGCUUGUGGAAAUUCAGGAGAUUUAAGACCUGUAACUGCAUCACCAAAACCUGAAAAAUCUCACCUUGGACUAGAGGAUUAUCCAAAUCAAAAUUCUGUGGAUGUACUUCCUGAGCAAAAUUCUUGUCCUCCUGAGCACAAUUUAUGCACAAUCAACUUUACUCAGAAGGAAGCUUAUGCUCAGGAUUCUCAACAACAAUGCAUAAGCAACACAGAAGAGACUUCAGUGAAUGAUGAUCAUAGAUGUCCAGAGGAGGAACAGACAUUCAUUUUAACGUUGGUGGAAAUCCCAGCUGAUUCAAAAGAGUUUGAUGCAUCUGCUUUGCUGGAACAAACUUCAGAACCAUUACUACCAGCCCCAAUACUUAUCAGCCCAAUAAAUGCAGGUGAAACAGGCACGACUGAAGUAGAGAGCAUUGGAUCCUUGACAACUGCAGCUAAUGAAUUUGCUGGACCUUUAAACAGCAGUAUGGAAGCCAAACAACUAAAGAGUGCAUCAGUAGAGCCCAUUCCAAAUUUGCAGACAUCUCAAAAAAGGUCAGCUGCUGAGCUUGAAGAGAAUGAUAUUCCUCCUGCCAAGAAAGCUCUGUCUACUGUUGUAGUGGAAGGUAACUUGGAAACCACUUAUAAGGGUUAUUCAAUUAAAUCCACAAAUGCUCCAAUGAUAGCUUCUGGGAAUCCUUUUCAAAAAACAGAGGCUUCAGCAAAGGAAAAAGUAUUUACCUCUGUGUUGGUGUCUGAGUCUAUGUCACCACUGGCUGAGAGAAGCCAGCUUGAGACUUUGGAGAACUUAGGGAAAGCACCACUUGAGAAUUCAGCACCCAAACAGGAAGAGGAGGUGAUGUCCAGAUUAACCUCUAACAGAAAAGCAGAAAUAAGUGGACAAGGAAAGCAGAGGGAUGUGCAUGAAUCUGCACAGUUAGAACAUACUGGAAGCCUAGCAUCAUCUUCAAAAACUCCAUUACUCAGCAAAAAAAGUAGUUCUGAAUCUGCAGAAGAUACCAAAGGGAAUAAAGGGAAGAUCCAAAAACCUCGGAUUGCAACUCCAAAGCGAAGUCUAAAAAACCCCAUUCCAUCCACUAGGGAUGAUAAGGAAUCUUGUUCCCUUCCUUCUACAAGCACAUCAUCAUCUGCGGAGUACGAGAAUGUAGCUACUGCUGCUGCAGUUGUGGUUCCAAGUAAUGAGCCAUCUGAGAAGCCACCCCUUCGUGCUAAAGAUCAAGAGAAGGAAGAAGAGCCAACCAGAAUCUCUGAGUAUUUUUUCAGUGACAUCUUUAUGGAAGUGGAUGAUUCAGAAUAG